AGAGAGAGAGAGAGAGAGAGAGAGAGAGAGAGAGAGAGAGAGAGACACGAGGUCAGGUAGGAGGGCUAUAAAAGCCCUCCUUCCUUUACUGCAACAAGCACUUAAUGUCAAUCUGGGCUGAACUGCAGGUUUGGGUAUGCACUUGCAACUCUGAGGCAGAAGUAUGUGCGAACAAGUGUGCUGAGGGGAGACAACAAGGAGAGCUCAUGCACAGCAGUCUGCUUCUUCUUUCUGCAAUUUGCGUGACUGAGAGGAAAAAAUGUGUGAACUGUGCUGAGGUAAAUGCAUAGCUGGACUUGCCAAAAGAUGAGAACGUUCCAGGAAAGUUUGGUCUGUUUACUCCUCCUCUGUUGCAUCUGCUUGACUGAGUGUCGAGUGCUGAAGUUCGUCGUUGCUGUGUUCCGACACGGAGAUCGAUCGCCGAUUGAGUCAUAUCCCAAAGACCCUCAUGGGGAGGAAGUGUGGGCUCAGGGUUUUGGACAGCUGACUGAGCUGGGCAUGAAACAACAGUUUGAGCUGGGCAGCUUUCUGAGGAGGCGAUAUGGAAACUUUCUCAGUGAAGACUACAACAACAAAGAGUUUUACGUCCAGAGCACCGACUACGAUCGUACUCUAAUGAGCGCCCAGGCCUGCCUCGCAGGGAUGUUCCCGCCAACCAGACGCCCGCCUCCCAUCAUGCCCCAGUUACUUUGGCGGCCUAUUCCAGUGCACACCAUCCCCAGAGCCCAGGACAAGCUGCUGAGGUCUCCGGGCAAAGACUGUCCGAGGUUCAGAGCUCUGAUGUCAGAGACAUUUGAGAGUCAGCCCUACCAGAGGUUCCUCAGGGCUCACCAGUACUUUGUGGAAGGACUUGCCAAUCAUACUGGCUACCCGGUCUCCAAACUGGUCGGCAAAAAAAUAUGGAGGGUCUACGACACUCUCACCUGUCAGAGGAUCCAUAACUUGACUCUCCCACGCUGGGCCACCCAAGAUAUUCUGGACACCCUGAAGCGAGUGGCAUCGUUCGAGGUCAUGUUCAGCAUCCUCAGUCACAAGCGCAAAGAGAAGGCCCGGCUCUCGGGAGGGGUGCUGCUGAACGCCAUCCUGAGGAAUUUCUCCAGAGCUAUGGAGGAAGGGAGCCCUCUCAAAUUCAUUAUGUACUCCGCUCAUGACUCUACACUCAUCACCCUCCAGGCGGCUCUGGACGUCUACAACGGCCUCCUUACUCCGUACGCCGCCUGUCAACUCUUUGAGUUCUACCAGGAGUAUGAUGGCUCCUAUUCGCUGGAGCUGCAUUACCAUAAUGACUCCUGGCACGACCCCCACCCAAACCCGAUCCCUGGAUGCAACGGUUUGAACCCUUGUCCUUUGUCUCUGUUCGAUGAGCUUGUGCAGGAUGUGUUUGCAGACGACUGGGAAGCUGAGUGUGGGUUUAGGACAAGAUGGUCUGGUGCAGGUGAAGUUGUUUAUACAUACACACAUAUGUGCAUCGUCGUGGCUUCACGUCUCUGCAUGUGUACCUGUGUACACUUUCUGAAAGGAUGUUGUGGAUCAUGUGCACUGAUUGUCUGAUUUAAAAAUAGGAAGGCUUUUGGAAAUCUACCAAAUGUUCCACACUCUCAUGUACCUUAACAGGAUUGUUGUCCCCCUGCAGGUGUUGUGCCUGCUCUGGCAGUGGCUGUGGGUCUCCUGGCAGUGGCGCUGUUGUUAAGCAUAGGAGUGAUUAUCCGCAGGAGGAGAGCGAGUUACUCCAGGGAGGUGUAGUGCUGACUGCUGUCACAUAUGUGCCAAAAUACAGAGGGGCUUCUCAGCUGUAAAAAAUAUCUAAAUAUUAAAAUGUGUCUUGUGUUUUUUAUAUUUUUGAUCCUGAUUAACGGUGUAAGGAGGUGUUGGUGAGCUCUUGUUUUGAAAAAAAAUAUAUGAAGAAUGUACAUGAAAACAUAAAUAUUUUAACAGAGAAAUAAAAUGUGACCAAAAUCCUUCAG